CUCCUAAUCAAAUUCCCUCCUUGAUUUCCUAUUCAACUAUCCCACUUCUCAAUUCUUCCAUUCCAUCUUACAUGGAAUCCACUAGAUCCUCCGAAUCAUUAUCUGAUACCUUGAUUUGAGUUACACCUUGUGCAUGCAUUUUGUAAUGGGUGGCGUUGCAAUGUCUCAUUUCAUACUGUUUCUUGCAAUACUCCAUUCCAUUCUUGCUGUUGCUCCUGGUGAUAAUUCGAGAGACUCCAACCUUCUUCUGAGAAUCAAGUCAGAACUCGUUGAUCCAUCAGGAGUUCUGAACAACUGGUCUCCAACAGCUCAUAUUUGCACUUGGAAUGGCCUUGAAUGUUCAAAUGAUCAGAUGCAUAUUAUUAGUCUGAACCUGUCUGGAUCAGGACUAUCAGGUCCCAUCCCACAUGAGCUUUGGAACCUCACUUCAAUCCAAACACUUGAUUUGUCUUCAAAUUCCUUCAUCGGCUCACUUCCUCCUGAGCUCGGCCAGCUUCAAAAUCUUGAAGCACUUCUCCUAUACUCCAAUUUUCUGUCUGGUGAGAUUCCUGAGGAAAUAGGUGCUUUGAAGAACAUGCGAGUUCUAAGAGUAGGAGAUAACUUUAUAUCAGGUGAGAUCCCACCAAGCAUUGGCAACUUGACUGAGUUGAGAGUGUUGGCGCUCGCCUAUUGCCAAUUAAAUGGAAGCAUUCCAGUUGAAAUUGGUAAGUUGAAGCAUCUACAAUCUCUUGACUUGCAGAACAAUAGUCUCAGUGGUCUCAUACCAGAAGAGAUUCGUGGCUGCAAAGAGCUUGUGAACUUUGCAGCAUCAAACAACAAGCUUGAAGGAGACAUCCCUUUGUUGGGAUCGCUUGAAUCACUGCAAAUUCUGAACCUGGCCAACAAUAGCCUUUCUGGAUCAAUUCCUACUGCAUUAAGUCAGCUACGCAAUUUGAAGUACUUGAAUCUGCUUGGAAACAGAUUGAGUGGCGCCAUUCCUUCGGAGCUUAACCAGUUGGUUCAACUUGAGAUGCUUGACUUUUCAAUGAACAAUCUCUCAGGAAGCAUACAACUUCUCAGCACACAAUUGAAGAAUCUUGCAGCUUUGGUUCUGUCUGAUAAUGCUUUGACAGGUAACAUUCCAAGCAACUUCUGCCUCAGCAGUUCUUCAAAUCUUCGACAACUUCUUCUGGCUCGAAACAAGCUCUCUGGACAGUUUCCUUUAGCAGUACUGAGCUGUUCCUCGCUCCAACAGCUCGAUCUUUCAGAAAACCAUUUUGUAGGGGAACUACCUACUUCCCUGGACAAACUAGGGAAUCUCACUGAUCUUGUGCUGAACAAUAACAACUUCACAGGAACUCUACUUCCUGAAAUCGGAAACUUGAGUUCCUUGGAAAACCUGUUUCUGUUUGACAACAUGAUCACAGGUGGAAUUCCAGUGGAGAUAGGAAAGCUGCAAAGGCUGAAAGCCAUCUACCUUUACGACAACCAGAUGUCAGGACCGAUACCAAGUGAGUUAACCAACUGCUCAAGCUUGACAGCAAUUGAUUUCUUUGGUAACCAUUUCUCAGGCUCCAUCCCAGCCACAAUUGGAAAACUCAAGAAUCUUGUUGUCCUCCAGCUGAGGCAGAAUGACUUGUCAGGUCCUAUACCACCAAGCUUAGGCUACUGCAGAAGCCUUCAGUUAUUGGCCUUAGCUGAUAACAAGCUCUCAGGAACAUUGCCACCCACAUUCAGAUUCAUUUCACAACUAAGCACCAUUACUCUCUACAACAAUUCCUUCCAAGGCCCUCUUCCUCAAUCUCUUUUCCUUCUCAAAAACCUCAAGAAAAUAAAUUUCUCUCACAAUCGGUUUAGUGGAACCAUCUUCCCUCUCUCUGGUUCAAGUUAUCUGACUGCAAUGGACUUGACCAACAAUAGCUUUUCAGGUUCCAUACCUUCUAGACUUUCCAUGUGCAGAAACUUAACCCGUCUCCGCCUUGCACAUAAUCAACUCACUGGCACCCUGCCUUCUGAAUUUGGCCAACUCACACAGCUCAACUUUCUUGACUUGUCAUUCAACAACUUCACAGAUGAAAUCCCACCUCAAUUGUCUUCUUGUAAGGAACUUGAGCAUUUCUUGGUUAACAAUAACCAAUUCACAGGAGCAAUACCUCCAUGGUUAGGUAGCCUACAGGAACUAGGAGAACUAGACUUCUCAUGCAACAACUUCCAUGGAACAGUUCCUGCAAAUCUCGGAAACUGUUCAAAACUACUCAAGCUUUCUCUGCAUGACAACAGUCUCUCAAGUACUAUCCCGGAGGAAAUAGGGAAUCUCUCUUCUCUGAAUGUCCUAAAUCUUCAGAAAAACAAUUUUACGGGGUCAAUUCCAUCGACGAUCCAGAACUGCAAGAAGCUAUAUGAACUGAGGCUCUCAGAAAACUUGUUGUCAGGCUUGAUCCCUUAUGAGCUAGGAGAGUUGACUGAGCUGCAAGUAAUCCUGGAUCUAAGCAGAAACUUGUUCUCUGGAGAAAUCCCAUCUUCUCUAGGAAAUCUUAUGAAGUUGGAGGAACUGAACCUCUCUUUCAAUCAGCUCCAAGGAAAAGUCCCCACUUCACUUGGGAAGCUGACCAGUCUGCACAUGUUAAACCUGUCAAAUAAUCAUCUCGAGGGCCAAAUCCCUUCAACCUUUUCAGGAUUCCCACGGAGCUCCUUCUUAGGAAAUGAUCAGAAACUUUGCGGCCCACCGUUAGCACCGUGUGGGGAAUCCGAGGUGCAGAGGGUAAAGCGCCUUUCGCGUACUGCAGCAACUGGUAUUACAGUGGCCAUUGUGUUGACAUCCUCAGCAAUAUGCUUGAUAAUCAUUUACAUCAUGCUGAGAAUAUGGUGCAAGUGGAGAAAAGUUUCUAUUUCAAACUCAGAUGGCUCUGGAGGAAAAGAAGAGGACAAAUGGGGGUUUGGGAAUGAGAAGAAGAUGGUUGGUGAGUACUGGAAAGUGAAUUCCAUGGCGCUGGUGCCUUCGGAAACUGCAGAAAUGAAGAAACAGAAAAGUGCAUCGUGCUACACUACCUCAAAGUGAAGAGAGAAAUCCAUGGUUUUUUCACCAAACUUUUUGCUUUCAUUUUCUUCGAAUUGUUGCACAAUCUCCCUUC